AUGAAGGACCUCUCCCCUCUGCUGCACCCUGCAGGCUGCGGGCUGAACUACCACAAGCGCUGCGCCUUCAGCAUCCCCAACAACUGCAGCGGGGCCCGUAAGCGCCGUCUGUCCACCACCUCGCUGACCAGCAGCCAGUCGCUGCGGCUCAGCGCCAGCGAGUCCCUGAGCAGCGUGGCAACGGCCUCCACUACCUCCACCGCGUCCGAGGAGGCCAGCCUGGUCCGCUCACACACCCAGAUGCCUCGCACGCCCAGCGAGGCCCGCCGCUUCUACACGGGCCGGCCGGUCCACCUGGACAAGAUGCUGAUGAGCAAGGUGAAGGUCCCCCACACCUUCACCGUGCACUCGUACACGCGCCCCACCGUGUGCCAGUACUGCAAGAGGCUGCUGAGGGGGCUCUUCAGACAGGGACUGCAGUGCAAGGAUUGUAAGUUCAACUGCCACAAGCGCUGUGCGUACAAAGUGCCCAACGACUGCCUGGGGGAGACGGCUGGAGAGAACCGAGGGAACAGUGACACGCUGAGCCCCAGCGUGGACGCGGAGGUCCCCAUGGACUACAGCAGCAGCUACGACUGCUCAGACAAGCUGUCCAUGGACGACUCCGACGAGGUCUGCAGCAUCCCGGGCUCCUUCUCCCCCGAGAGCAACCCGGACGGGGUCAGCGGGGACCAGAGCGUCUACAUCCCCCUGAUGCGGGUGGUGCAGUCGGUGAGGCAGACCACCAGACGCUCCUCCACCUCCAUCAAGGAGGGCUGGAUGGUGCACUACAGCAACAAGGACACCCUGAGAAAAAGGCACUUCUGGCGUCUGGACUGUAAGUGCAUCAUCCUGUUCCAGAACAACACCUCCAACAAAUACUACAAGGAGAUCCCCCUCUCGGAGGUCCUGGAGGUCUGCCCGGCGGGGGACUUCUCCCUGGUCCCGGCCGGCACCCCCCCCCACUGCUUCGAGCUCAUCACCGGCACCUUGCGCUACUACGUGGGGGAGGACCCCAACACGCGCCCCGGCCCCGCCCAGGGGCCCCCCCAUGCCCCCCCCUCCCCCAGCAACGUGGCGCCCAACAGCGGCGUGGGGCGGGAGGUGGCCCGCGCCUGGGAGGGCGUGAUUCGCCAGGCCCUCAUGCCCGUCAUCUUCCAGGACGCGCCCCCACCCAAAAACACACCGCACAGGCAGGCGUCCGUGAGCAUCUCCGUGUCCAACAGUGUGAUCGAGGAGAACGUGGACAUCGGCAUGGUGUACCAGAUCUUCGCCGACGAGGUGCUGGGCUCCGGCCAGUUUGGAGUGGUGUACGGAGGUAAACACCGUAAAACAGGGCGGGACGUGGCGGUGAAGGUGAUUGACAAGCUGCGCUUUCCCACCAAGCAGGAGAGCCAGCUGAGGAACGAGGUGGCUAUCCUCCAGAGCCUGCGCCACCUGGGCAUCGUGAACCUGGAGAGCAUGUUCGAGACCCCCGAGAAGGUGUUCGUGGUGAUGGAGAAGCUCCACGGAGACAUGCUGGAGAUGAUCCUGUCCAGCGAGAAGGGCCGCCUGCCAGAGAGGCUCACCAAGUUCCUCAUCACACAGAUACUCGCCGCGCUGAGACAUCUUCACUUUAAGAACAUUGUUCACUGCGACCUCAAGCCCGAGAAUGUGUUGCUGGCUUCCGCUGAACCAUUUCCCCAGGUGAAGCUCUGUGACUUCGGCUUCGCCCGCAUCAUCGGGGAGAAGUCGUUCCGGCGCUCGGUGGUGGGGACCCCCGCCUACCUGGCCCCCGAGGUGCUGCUGAACCAGGGCUACAACCGCUCGCUGGACAUGUGGUCGGUGGGCGUCAUCAUGUACGUCAGCCUCAGCGGCACCUUCCCCUUCAACGAGGACGAGGACAUCAACGACCAAAUCCACAACGCCGCCUUCAUGUACCCGCCCAACCCCUGGAAGACCAUCUCCAGCGACGCGAUCGAUCUGAUCAACAACCUGCUGCAGGUGAAGAUGAGGAAACGCUACAGCGUGGACAAGAGCCUGAGCCACUCCUACCUGCAGGACUACCACACCUGGCUGGACCUGCGGGAGCUGGAGACCAAGCUGUGCGAGCGCUACAUCACCCACGAGAGCGACGACACCCGCUGGCAGCUGUUCGCCCGCGAGAACACCCUGCCCUACCCCGCCCACCUGGUGGCCGCGGCCCCCGCCGGGAUGGGCUCCGACGGCGAGGACGCAGAGGACGGCGACAUGCAGGGUCUGACCGAGAGGGUCAGCAUCCUCUGAGCGGGGGCACAGGUUCAGCUCCAGGGCCGUCGAGACCCGGACCCGUUGGUGGAGCUCUGGCCGGAGGAUGGGGUGAUGGGGGGGGGGGGCAGAGAGAUUAAAGGACAGGGGACAGACGGCCCUGAGGCGGAGUGUUCCCAGGCCCCCGCCAGAGGGCCCCUCCCGCCUCGCUCCUCGUCUGCAACAUGAACUCGCUGAACGCUGUCGUGGUUCCUCUGAUCACUUACGCUCCGCUCUGAGCGGGCUGGACCGACUGGAGUGGUGACGUCAGCCCCCGGCCCCCAGCCCCUGGCACCCAGCCCUGGCCCCGGCCCCCAGCCCCUGGCCCCC